AUGAAACACGCUUCUGCUCGUAAUGUGGUUGAGAGAACAUUUGGCAUUCUUAAAGCGAGAUGGGCAAUUUUGAGGUCUCAUUCUUACUUUCCUAUCCGGACUCAAUGUCGUAUAAUCACUGCAUGUUGCCUUCUCCACAACUUCAUAACAUGCGAAAUGCCCAAUGAUCCAUUUGCACAAGUAAAUGAUAACCAACAAGAGGCACAUGAAACCGAAGAAGAUGAGUUCAUUGAUGUUGUGGAAGCCAUCAACCAAUGGAGUGAAUGGAGGACCACAUUGGCCACUCAGAUGUUUAAUGAGUGGCAGGCCAAUAGGGCUCAUGGGAAUUUUACUUAG